GCUGUCCUGAUCUGAAUCCUAUGAGACUUUUACCCCCGCAAGCCAUCACUUACCUCUGUCUUUCAGAACGAUAAGCUCUGAGAUUCAGAAAAACUACAAAUCCCAUAGAGUGUUGUACGUCGAGGACUUUUGGAGCGCAUGGUCGGCCGCGGCGCAGGCGCAGGCUUGACAGCGGAGAAACAUGGCGGCCCCGACGUUUACUGCGAGGUUGUACUCGUUGCUGUUCCGCAGGACCUCCACCUUCGCCCUCACCAUCGCCGUGGGCGCCUUGUUCUUCGAGCGCGCCUUCGAUCAAGGCGCGGAUGCGAUCUACGAACACAUCAACCAGGGGAAGCUAUGGAAACACAUCAAGCACAAGUAUGAGAAUAAGGAGUAGUUCCUUGGACACCCCUACCCACGCUGAAAGGACCAGAUCCACGCACCAGCUGUUUGCCCAGAACCAGGGCCUCAGCUUGAAGAUGAUGCUCAGAUUACUCUUCAUCAACCACCUUUAGCUGUUGGCAAGAAACAGCUUCACCUGACAGACUCUUUGACUUCUGCCACAUUUGAAGUAUGUUGGAGUCAUCAAUAAAUAAAUGUAAAUUAUCCUGAGA